UUGAGGGGGACCUGCCAGGGCCUGGAGCCUGGGACAGGACACGAGGCCAAAAGUGAGCCACCAAGGGGCCUGCAUGUCUUGCUCACGUCUCCCUCCGCCUUCUCUGUCCUAGCUAAGCCCACAGUGACCGUGUAUCCUGCAAAGACCCAGCACCUGCAGCACCACAGCCUCCUGGUCUGCUCCAUGAAUGGCUUCUAUCCGGGCCCCAUUGAGGUCCGCUGGCUGCGCAACGGCCAGGAAGAGGAGGCCGGGGUGAUGUCCACGGGCCUGAUCCGGAACGGGGACUGGACCUUCCAGACCCUGGUGAUGCUGGAGACAGUUCCCCGGAGCGGGGAGGUCUACACCUGCCAAGUGCGGCACCCCAGCAGCACCAGCCCUGUCACCGUGGAAUGGAGGGCCCAGUCUGGAUCCACACAGAGCAAGGUGCUGAGUGGAGCUGGGGGCUUCCUGCUGGGGCUGCUCUUCCUCGGGACGGGGCUGCUCAUCUACUUCAGGGCUCAGAAAGGAAACGCUGGACUUCAGCCCACAGAACAGAAGGUGCGGGGGACGAGCCAGGGGACAGACAGCGGGGAGCUUGGGUGUGGCUUUGGUGGCCGCUUACACUGCAGGGUCUCCUCCUGCCUGAUCGCUGCCCCCAAGAAGCUCAACUCUAUCCUCCACCAGAAGGACCUGCAGGGUCAGCAAGAGGACCAAUGA